AAUAUGUCAAUCGGAUUGGAAAAUCAACGAUUAUUCUCGAGUUUCCAUUAUAACGCGUAUUUGCUGUUUCACGAAUUUGACACGACGUGUGUGAGUAAAGACGAUACGUACGAAUCUAGGCUAAUAUUGCCUCGUUGAAUUUUAACCUGUGAAACCUGUGAACGCCGUACAAUUUUCCGAGAGAAGGAAUAAGUUUUCUUUUUAAACUUAGGAAAGAACGUUUUCUCGGUUUAAUAGUCGGUGUCUGUUCGUACUGGAUCAGGCUGAAGUGGUGACUUAAUUAAAGUAAUUACUGAAAGGAUGGACUCGCGGCAACGAUAUCUCGAGGAACAAUUGCAACGAAGGGAAUCGGAAGCCUCGGAAUUGCGUCGGAAUCUUCACGAACUGAGCGGCAAGUUUUUCCAGCUCGAGCGAGCUUUCGAAAUCAACUUGCAAUCGCAGGCUCGCCAAGAAGUUGAGUUCAAUCGUAUGAAAGUUGAAUACGAAGAGCUUCGGAAGCUUAACGUCGAGACUGCACAAGCGAGAACAAAACUGAGCUCGAUAUUAAUGAAUACGACAACCGAGAGAGAUCAUUGGAAAAAUGCUUUCCUGCAGCAAAGAGGAGAUAUUAAAAGAGAGAAAAUCGGAUGGGGCAACGCGAUGGACCUAGUUAAACGGGAAUGCGAGGAUAUUUUGAAACAGACUCGAGAAAGUGCGGAGAAACAAUUUCACGAAAUAGUCGAGCUGUACAAUGAAACCAGAGAAAAGGUGAGUCGAUUGGAAGGGCAGGUGGGAGAAUACGAAGAUCUGAAAAGGGAGCACGAGAAUCGAAGUUUCGAGUUGGCGAACCUACUUGAAACUUUAAAACGUUUCGACGUGGAUGUCGGCUCUGUCUGUCAACUUGGAGCGGAAGCUUUGAGGAACUUGACCGAAUCGGGCAACUUAUUCGAGGGAAGCAUGAAGAAUCUCAGGCAUCUCGCAUGGACCGUGAAAGAAAGAAAGGAUGAGCCGCAACUCGUUUUAUUGAGAGAACAGAAUUCCGUUUUGAGAGAGGUUGUGAAGAAUCUUAAAAGGAAGUUUCAGAUGCUCAACAAAACGCACAAUGAAAUCCCGGAAAAAGAACACGAAGAACAACACGAACGUAUGCUUCUAGAAAAUGCAACGAAUUCGCAAAAUAAUAAUGACAAGUUAUUACACGAAUCAGAAUUCGAUAAAAAUAUUGUUCCAGCAGUGGAAAACUCCAUAAACUUGCUAAUUCACGAGAAUAAUAACAAUUAUACGAAGGAAUGUAAAGAACACGUUGAAAAUGAAAUGCGCGGACUAACUGACGGUUACAAAAAUGAUAAUCGAAAUAAGCGUUUCGAUAUCGAGAAUACAAAGAUCGAUAAAUGUGGACGAAUACUGUGUAUAGAAUCUCAUUCGAAUGGCGCGAUAUAUGAAGAAUAUGUGAUCAAAUUAUCGAUUAAUCGAGAAAUAAAAAUUAAAUAUCCUAUUGUAUUGAAUAACAACGAGGCAAUGGUUAGGUUAGAAUUUAUGGAUAACGAAAUCGAUUAUGAAAAGGCACCAAUAGACAGAAUGUUGAUAUUAUUUAAAAAUAUACAUGCAGUCGUAAAUAUUAAACAAACCGGUGUACCGUGCAGUACGCAAACAACGAAAAUAAAAACUUCCAACAACUUUACGCAAACUUCAUUUACUGGAAUAAAUUCGUUUUCUCGUUUAAACGUCGGUGUUACGGUGAGUGAAAAAAUUUUUAAAUUUUUACUUUGAAUUGAGUAUCUAAAAAUUAGAUUAUUUACUAAACAAGGAAUAAUACAUUAUAUCUUACAAAAAAGUUAAAAAAAUUUAUAAUUAUAAAAGAGAUAUUUUUUAUACAUGCUAUUUUUUUUAUAAAUACAUUCUAAGAGUAUAUUAUGUUCAUAUCACGAUAAUAAUAGAUAUAACUAAUUUUGUUAUAAAUAUGAUUCGUAUUCGAAAAUUACGAAAAUAUUAAUCGCGAAAACUAAAAUAUGAAAUCGUUUAUACUAUAUUUCUUAUAUUAUAUAUACUAUAUUUCGUACAAUACAAUUACAAAAACGUACAUCGAUUUCAUCAGAAUGAUGAUGUCUGGUAUAAAAUAUCAACUUGAUUUUUUAAUUAAAUAUAGAUGCUCAAUAGUGAAAAACGUGCAAUAGAAAGAAGUCUCUAUAAUUUGGAACGAACUGUUAACACUUUAAAACUCAAUGCAUUAAAUCAAGUUGAAACAAUGAUCACUAAGGAUUCACAUUUGUAUAGAAAUAAUGAAAAGUUAAAUCGUAUCAAGAUAUUGACUCAGUAGCAUUGUGCACAACAAUUUUUAUCAUUCUUUCAAGUGCAAGAAUUUUUAACAUUAUAAAGAUGUUUUUAACUCAUCACAAUAUCAAACUAGAUUUGUUAUCAUAAAUGUAAUAAUACUUGUCCUAUUCAAUUAUACAUAAAAAAAUACCGCUAGGAAUAAUUGGUAAAGAUGUCCACAAGUUUAGAAAAAUGUUAGUCAUUAUUGU